AUGCUAGGCAACGCUAGCUCUGCUGAGACCUCCAAUCCAAUCACACCAUCAGUUUCUAGCGAAACCUCCCAAGAAAUUACUCAUCCAUUUGUAUGCUACCGCUGCCCUAAAAGGUUCACUUCAACGUAUGCCUUGGGAGGUCACCAGAAUGCGCACAAGAAGGAAAGGAAUGAGGAGCUUAGGCUCUAUAACGAGCGACGCCUCGCCUUGUCAAGGCAGUCGACUGUUCCACCUGAUGGGAGAGCCAAAACAAAAAGGGCGCUAGCAGUACUGACUAAUCAGUCAUCAACGCCGAGCUAUGGCCCUAUGGUGCAAUUUCUGCCUGUGGUUCCACUUCCUGGUUCUAUGUGCAUGUAUGCUCAUCCAAAAUCACUAGUGUUCGUGCCUGCUGGGUUCGAAUAUGGUCAAACAAGGGCUGGACUCAAUGGCAAAGAAGUCCCAUAUGAGGGUUCUCAUCGAGAAAACGAAAUGCAUCAUCCUUAUAACAGGCCUCUCGAUAUCAAACCAAUGGCGAUGAAGCUGUAUCCGAAUGAAGAAAGGGUUUUUUGGCCAAAAGCUAAAGAAGAUAACGGCUGUUCCAAGGAGUACUACUCCGUUUCAGCAACAAACAAUGUUGGCCCACAUGGUGAAGCCUUAAUCAAUGAAAGUAGGGAAGAUGAUGAUGCUGAUAAGAAGAGUUCAAAGGUGGAGGAACUGGACUUGACUUUGAGGCUCUAA